GUCACAAACGUUAAAUCAAUGCUAUGUUUUAUUUUGAAAACAGGAAAUGUGAUGUAAUUUGUCAGGUGACAGGAACCAGGAAGUCAGUGAAGAAUAUGGCUCAGAACUGCUGUUUGUAUUGGUAGCUUUUCAAUCCAGUUGAGUCUGCCUGCAUCCUAUACCUUUUUGAUAGCAUCGUUGUUUUACUCUUUCUCAUGUCAAUAAACCUGUGGACAACGGACCAUUGUCUUCAGAGUCGUGAUGUCAGAAAAGAGUUCGUCUAACUGCCAAGGUGUAUCGGAGCGCAUAUACCGAGGGCGGCAUAGUAAAACAACGCUUUCUACCGGGCAAGAUAACGCAGCCAACUGACAGAUGCUCCUAACAACGUCAUCACACGCAACCAGUGGAUGACCAUUACAGCGGUGUCUAAACAGAGGUACGUCAACAGACAACGCCAUGUCCGAGAGAGCAACUUCAUUAAAGACGCGGUCCCGCGGUACAUGUUCUGCUACAUACUCAAGUGUAUCAUCGACGGGGUCUGCUGCUGCAAAAGCGAGAGCGAGAGCAGAGGCAGCAAAGGCACACAUGUCUUACACUAAAGAGGAAAUGAGCCUGAAGAUAGUAAAAGCUAAGCUAGAAGCCUCAAUAGAAAUGCUCAAAUACAAGAAAGAGACAGCUGCAGCACUAGCUGAGGCCGAAGUCCUUGAAGCUGCGGUAGAGGCAAAUAGUGAAAGACAAAGUUUGAUGUCAAACUUGGAAGAUGAGAAGGUCCACACGACACACAAUGUUCGGUUUGACAACCGCAAUGCUACUCCUGAGCAAGGUCUUAGACGUCAAAACGACAAAAGUCAUCCCGCUCUUAAAUCCUACCCCACAUCUUCAAACAACAAUAAUGAAAACUCCAACAUUAGCGACUUUGUAAGAUACUUUGCUCGUUGUGAGCUUGUGGCAACAGGCCUGCUUCAAUUCAACGACAGCCCUCAGAACUACAGAGCCUGGAAACGUUCUUUCCAGAACGCAACCAGAGGGUUGGACCUGACACCAAGCGAGGAAAUGGAUCUCCUGUUUAAAUGGCUCGGCAAAGAGUCAUCAGAACAUGUCGAGCACAUAAGAGCAAUACACGUCAACCAUCCAGCGGCAGGCUUGGCCAUGAUAUGGGACAGACUAGAACAAUCUUAUGGUUCUGCGGAAGUAAUAGAAGAUGCUCUGUUUAAACGUAUUGACGCCUUCCCAAAAUUAACAAAUCGAGAUUAUUCCAAACUAACACAGUUGAGUGAUUUUUUUAAAGGAACUAGAGUCAGCCAAAGAUGAAGGAGACCUGCCCGGUCUCUCUUUCCUCGAUACAGCGAGAGGCGUUAACCCAAUUGUACAGAAGCUCCCCUUUGGUCUGCAGGAAAAGUGGGCGUCAGUUGGGGCAUCCUACAAGCAGCAAUAUCACGUGUCAUAUCCUCCCUUUGCUUGCUUUGUAAACUUUGUUAGCCAUGAAGCUAGUGUCAAAAAUGACCCAAGUUUCAACUUUUUCUCUUACUCAGACAUGUCUCUUAGGACAGAAAAAAACAACUUGGAAGCCAAACAGACAACGUGAAGUCUCUGUUCACAAAACAGAGAUAUUUCCAAAAGAUAGCUCUGGUCCUAGGGAACCCCCAACACAAUUCGCUGACCGUGAACAACUGUGUCCAAUCCACAAAAAACCUCACCCCAUACGCCAAUGCCGUGCAUUCAGAGAAAAGCCCAUUGCAGACCGGAAGACAUUCUUAAAAGAGAAUAACAUCCGUUUCAAAUGCUGCGCUUCAUCAUCACAUAUUGCAAGGAACUGCACAUUUAAUGUUCGAUGUUAUGAAUGUAAAAGUGAAAAACACCACACAGCGCUUCACCCUGGACCUGCACCUUGGGUUGAAGACACAAACUCGGUUUCAUGAGCAUGGCGAGGAGGAGGAUAGCUUUCCACAACCCCAUGUCGCCACCAAAUGUACAGAUGUCUGUGGCGGAGACAUGACGGGCCGAUCCUGUUCUAAAGUAUCCCUCGUGAAAGUGUAUCCAACCGGCCACGCUGACAAAGCAGUGAAAAUGUACGUGAUCCUGGACGAACAGAGCAACAGAUCACUAGUUCGUUCACAGUUCUUCGAAAUCUUCAAUGACCAAAGUCCAAGUGCUCCUUACUCAUUGAAAACAUGUGCUGGAGUAAAGAAAGCGACAGGAAGAAGGGCCAGUGGCUACAUUGUGGAAUCUUUGGAUAAGACCGUCAGCAUUCCACUACCCAGCCUCAUAGAAUGUGAUGACAUUCCAAAUAACAGAGAUGAGAUUCCAACUCCAAAUGCAGCCUUUCAUCACGCACACUUAAAGUCAGUUGCACACCUCAUCCCAGAGAUCUACCCACAGGCCCAAAUUAUGCUUCUCUUAGGUCGGGAUAUUCUCAAGGUUCAUAAGGUCCGCAAACAGGUCAAUGGCUCACACAACCUGCCCUAUGCUCAAAAGUUGGAUCUGGGAUGGGUCAUCGUGGGCAAUGUGUGUCUAGGUCGCGUUCAUAAGCCACCAACAGUCAGCGCCUUCUACACUAACACCACAGAACGGGGACGCCCCACUCUCUUUGACCCAUGUCCUAACGUGUUCCGGGUAAAGGAAAGUUACAGUGACACCCAGGCCACAAACCACCUCCAACCACAUUUUGUGGAGAUACCAAACUGUGAUGUUGACAGCCUAGGACAUAACAUAUUCAAGCAGGCCAAAGACGACAACAACAUUGCUUUGUCUAUCCAGGACAUCUCCUUUAUGAAAAUAAUGAAAGAUGGACUAACAAAAGAUGCAAACAGUUGGGUAGCUCCAUUACCCUUUAAAUGCCCACGUCAAAGGCUCCCCAACAACAGGCCACAGGCAGUGAACCGUCUCAAGUUGCUAAGGCGCAACUUUGAAAAGAGGCCGGAAAUGAGAGACCACUUUCUCAUUUUCAUGGACAGGAUGUUCAAGAAUGGUCACGCUGAGCUGGCCCCUCCUCCCAGUGUGGGUGGAGAACAGUGGUACCUGCCAAUAUUUGGGGUGUACCAUCCAAGAAAACCAAACCAAAUCAGAGUAGUCUUCGAUUCCAGCGCCCAGUACAACGGUGUGUCACUCAACGACGUGCUGUUGACUGGGCCUGAUCUGAACAACACACUGCUCGGUGUACUGUUGCGCUUUAGAAAGGAAGCAAUCGCUUUUACAACGGACAUAGAGCAGAUGUUCUAUUGUUUUUCAGUGAGGGAAGACGAUAGGAACUUCCUACGUUUUCUAUGGUUCCAAGAUAACGACCCCUCCAAAGACAUUGUGGAGUAUCGAAUGACGGUCCACGUCUUUGGAAAUAGCCCUUCACCCGCAGUAGCAAUUCAUGGAUUGCACCAGUCUGUUCAGGUCAGUGAACUCCACAUUGACCCUGACGUCCAACGUUUUGUGAUGCGUGACUUCUAUGUAGACGAUGGGUUAAAGUCCCUACCCACAGUCGAAGCUGCAGUCAACUUGCUGAAAAAAACACAGGAUAUUCUCUCUAAAUCCAACCUAAGACUACACAAGAUCGCAGCAAACAACAAGGAGGUCAUGGAGGCCUUUCCGGUUGAAAAUCGUGCAAAAGACCUUAAAGACCUUGACCUCAGCCGAUGA